AUGGGGAAGAUCACCUUCUACGAGGACCGCGGCUUCCAGGGCCGCCGCUACGAGUGCAGCAGCGACCACCCCAACCUGCAGCCCUACCUCAGCCGCUGCAACUCCGUCCGCGUGGACAGCGGCUGCUGGAUGCUCUACGAGCGCCCCGACUACCAGGGCCCCCAGUACUUCCUGCGGCGCGGCGACUACCCCGACCCCCAGCAGUGGCUGGGCCUCAGCGACGCGGUCCGCUCCUGCCGCCUCAUCCCCCAGGUGAGUCCCUCCCACAGGAUCAGGCUGUACGAGAGGGAAGACUGCAGAGGCCAGAUGGUGGAGGCCACGGAGGACUGCUCCUCUCUCCAGGACCGCCUCCACUUCCAGGAGGUGCACUCCCUCAGCGUGCUGGAGGGCUGCUGGGUGCUCUACGAGAUGCCCGGCUACCGGGGCCGGCAGUACCUGCUGCGGCCGGGGGACUACCGGCGCUCCCACGACUGGGGGGCCGCCAGCGCCCGAGUGGGCUCCCUGAGGAGGGCCGCGGAUUCCUACUGA